CAUCAUUCAUGAAUCUUGCUCGUCAUUCCAUCUCUGCGACGGCCCCAAUACACAUAUUUGACGCCAGGUUCGACUCUGACUGCGACAUAUUUACCACCGCUACCCCUGCUGGCUUUGCUGUGUAUCGCACCUGGCCUCUGACCCUCCUCCGCAAGCGCGAGCUUACUGGAGGUACCUUGUCCGCCGUUGUUCCCCUACAUACUUCGUCUCUUCUAUUUCUUCUUGGUGGCGGUCGAAGUCCCCUGUACCCUCCAAAUAAAGUCGUGCUGUGGGACGAUGCCAUCAGAUGUGAAGUAGCCGAACUCGAAUUUAGGGAGAGGGUCCGUGGGUUGGCUUGCAGACGUGGGUGGCUUUCGGUCGCCCUCCGUCGCAGGGUAGUCGUGUUUGAGGUUGGCGAGCGUCUGACACGAUAUGGCGAAUGGGACACAUGCGAUAAUCCCAAAGGGCUAGUUGCUCUCGCAACUGCUGCAUAUUCGACACUACUUGCAAUUCCAGGCCGUCAGAUGGGCCAUGUACAGCUUGUGCACCUUCCGCCUUGCGCUCCUCCUAAGCCCAAGGGCCCACCUUCAGAUAUUCCUCAGAAACCGCCACCGCCUCCAGCAAAGCAUCCGGUUUCUAUUAUUGCGGCGCAUACAAGUGCUCUUACGACUCUGACACUACCUCCAUCAGGUCGGUUACUCGCGACGACGUCGUCUCGCGGCACUCUGGUGCGAAUCUGGGACUCGCACACCGGAAAGCUUGUUCGCGAACUGCGGCGUGGAACAGACAAGGCUGACAUAUUUGGUGUCGCAUUUAGACCAGAUGAGGAAGAGUUGUGUGUAUGGAGUGACAAAGGGACUGUACAUGUAUUUACUCUCGUCUUGUCUAGCGUCUCUAGUAAUCGCCAAUCUUCGUUCUCACCAUUGACUAGCUAUUUACCCUUGCCGAAAUAUUUCGAAUCGGAAUGGUCUUAUGCGCAAUAUCGAAUACCAACGCAGUCGUCUCAUAUAUCUCUAUCCUCCGCGUCUGUGCGAUCCCCGACAGCCGAUGUACCAGACGAAGAGCGAUGUGUUAUUGGCUGGAUAGAGGGUCGCAGCGAUGACCCAGACCAUCCUAAUGCGGAAUAUCAACUAGUUGCCUUGACGUAUACGGGCGGCUGGUAUCGACUGUCUUUGCCAUCACUGGGCCAUUCCGAGCUCAAUACACACACAAGCUAUAAUGCCUCUCAUCAUAUCUCGGGGUCGCCACCCAAGCCGUCUUCUAUGACACGACAGCGAACGCCUAGUGUAUCGUCGGUCGGGAGAUCGGAAAAGGGAAAGGAGAAAGAGAAAGACAAGGAAGGCAAGGAGAAGCGAGAUUGUAUCUUGCGAGAGUUUAGACGAUAUGGAAGAUGGGACGGUUGGGGUUAG